AUGCGUGAAUUAUCAAGAUGGUAUGAAAUAGUAUACGAUAAUGCAACAAAAGAUAAAGCUGAAUUAUCAAUAUUAAAAGCUUUCCGGUCUGCAGAUACAAUUAUUCCAAUGUUAUCAACUGAAUUACCAAUUUGUUCUGAAGAUAAACUUACAAGUAAGCUGCUACUUCAGAAAUCUUUCUGA